AGUCGGUGAUCAUGUGACGACAACACGCAGUAAACCAUCGAGCCUUCAGUUGGCCAAGUGCUGCAAGUGGUGCUAAAGCGAGGACAACACAUCAGAACGGGUUCUUUAUGGGGAACUCCUGUCGUCUGAUGCUUUCGGUAUUUUAGAAGUCUUUAAGAUACCAUCAGACCAUUGGGCCUGGCUUCCAGGGGACUGUAUGAAGACAUCGGGCUGAAGCACCGCAGCCAGCGAGCCGCGGAUCUCUCACACAGCCCGAGCUGACGUCGGCAGAGACCGCUGCAUGUUCUAGGAGAGGCCGAUGGCUGAUGGCUCUGAAGAUGGGGAAGCCCCAUGACCCGAAACACUCGGUGUGGCAUCACAUGUGAGGAUUCAUUUCUCUGAAUUGGGUCGAUCUGGGCAAGCAGCCCCCACAGGUCCACAAACCCUAUAUACACUUUGCACAAUGGAUGCUGUGCUGAAGUCAGAGAUCAGAGAGGAGGGGAGUGGCACCUCGGUAACGGUGGAGGGCCUCUCUAAGGCAGCACUAAUUAAAAGCCUCACUCCGAGGGUCAUGCUGUCAAACCAUCUUUUGCCCAAAGGGACCAAGAUGAAGGUGAACCUGGAGGACCAGGGUCGCCAAAAAGUGUCCUUCAGCUUCUCUCAGACGAAGAAGCCACCCCCAAGUGUGUUCUUCGUCUCACCGAGCCCCGAGAAGUCUCUAGCUGAAUCUUCUUCUGCCUUGACACUUGAAUCCUCGCCCCCUCAAGACAGAACUUUGCAGAUUUCAGAGAGCGUAAUGGAACUGCAGUCAAGUACGGUGCCAACAUCAACAGCUGAGCCCCCUUCUCCUCCAAUGUCAGUUCCCUCACCCCCUAAACCCAAAAUGGACCUAGGAAAGAUUCACUUCAAGAAGCAGAUUCUCAGCAUCUCUGUAACUGAGGAGAAAACAAUGCCUAGCAAUGUGCCACAGGAGCCUAUUACCCCAGAACAACCAGUUAUAAUGCAAUCUUUGCAAAGCAGGGCAGAAGUGUCCUCACCCCAACUUAAGACUAUGAGCAUAGACAUGAGCAUUGAAUGCUUCUCUGAGAAUGUACAAACGGAAGCCUCUGUGAUAAGGGUACCUCCUAGCCCCAAUAAGCCUAUAGAAUCUUUUGGAAAGGAUGGUGAGACUUCCAUUAUCAUUAAGAAGGAUGAUGGGGUACCCAAAAGGAAAACCAGGUCUCAAUCUGAAAGGGCUCCUGCAGGCUCAGAAUCAGAUGGCGAUGGCGCCAAAAUGUCUUCCAGCCACAAGAUAAUUGAACCCUCAUUUAAAACAAAAUCUGACAGUAGAAGCAAGGAAGAGAAAAAGUCUUCCUCUGGGUCAAAUAUGGGUGAAAAGGAAAGUUCCUCGAAACGCUCAGAGAACCACGAAGGCUCCUCAAGUUACUCCAAAUCAGAGCGUGACUCAAGGCACGCAUCAUCUCGGUCCUCCCGUUCAGAGAAGGAGCGCAGGAGGUCCAGGACUAAAUCAAGGUCAAGAUCCAGAGCAUCCAGGACAAGUUCAUCCCACUCACGAACUGAUCGAUCUAGAUGUGAUAGAGUAUCGAGAGCUGAUAGAUCAUACUAUCAUGAUUCUGAUCGCAGGUCACACAGGAGCCCACCGAGGAGAGAGAGGAGAUCCUCUCGAUCCCGCACUGACAGAAGUAGGGAUAGCUCAGACUCGGAUGAUGAUCACAGUAGGAAUCGAAACAGGAUAAAUGACUCUAGUAGAUCAUCUCUUCAUGCCAGCUUGCAAAAAGACUCAAAAUCAUCGUCAUCAUCAUCAUCUCACUCAAAAUCUGAGAAGGAUGCAAAAUAUGUAGAUUUUUCUCAGUCUGCAGAGACUGACAAAAAAUCUAGGUCUGUGAGGAGCGGAAAGAGAACCUCGGACUCUGAACCCCACUGUAAGCGCUCUCCUGAAGUGGACUCCAACCACCGGAAACCUGCCACGCAUCACAAAUCCCAGAGUAGUGCUAAAUCAACCUAUUUUAGUCAGUCUCAGACUUCUGAAAGAAGACGCCAGAAAAGCCCGUCCAGUGACUUUGAUGCAGAUCAGAAAGGGAAGACCCGCAUCUCUGACAGGAGCUCAGGCACUGAAAGUUCCUGUUUAACCUCCCAGAAGAUCGGUCAACAGGAGUCGAAAGACCCUUCCAGGUCCAAAUCAAAAAUGGCAGUAAUUGAUAGAAAAUCAAAAGAUACAUUUCACAGCCUUAAUAGGAUACAAACACUUCCAAGCACCACAGAAUCCUACUCCUUUAAUGAAAAAGAGUUGAGUGAUGCAUGUCAGGCAAAGGAACAAUAUAACAAGAGCUCAAAGGACAUAAUGUCCUUUCAGAAGGAUUUACCGGAACCAUCCUCCCAACAAUUGCAAGCAGUUUGUGUUGAAAUGGAAUUUCCUUCAAAUGAUGGUCGGACUAGUGCUAACCAAUGUGCCAUGGAUAUUGGUAAAGAAAGUCACAGUACUAACCAUGUACUGCAUGUGGACUCUAAUGCGAUUACCUCAAAUUCCUGCAGUAAUAAUAAUUCAUCAAUUGGGACAGCACUUGUUGCAGAAGACCUGCAACAGGGUGCCAUCUCGGAGGAUGUACAGCCAAAAAAAUAUGUCUCCAUCAACCUACAACCUGCUACAGGUUUGCCUGAAAUUUCACAUCUGAAGGCUGAAAAUCAGUUGUUACCUACAAGUGAACGACAACACCAAGAUCCACUUAAGAAGACCAGAAGUAGUGCAAAAAAGUCUCGCUGGGAUAUUGUUGGACAGGACACAUCUGACAGUGAUAAUUCUCAGAGGUUACCAUCUGCAGAUAAUAAACCUAGUGUUAAAAAGGUACCCUCUGUCAAUUUUUCUUCGAAGGAUGACAACCCGGAGGAGGGAGUUAAAAAGAAAGAAGGGACACAUUCCAUAGCGGCACAGAACCCAGACAGGACAAAGCAUGAUACUAUAUCUCAUAGCACAUCUUCUGCCAAGUGUUCCCUAAAAUACCAAAAUAAAAGAGAUACACGUCUCUCUGACUCAAAACAGUCUGUUGCUGAAAAACGGUGUGAGAAUCAUGAUACCUCAGAAAUAAAAAACACUACAAACGUGCAAAAUUUGCCCAGAAUUCUUGAAAGUCAUAACGCUCACAAGAGCACAUCAGUUAAUAGAGACUCUGUUCACGUUGGUGACUCUGGACUCAGCAAUGCCAGUGAGAGUGAUGAUUCUGAGUCUGACUCUGAUAGUGGACAGGCAAUCAAACGGUUAAGCUCUAUAGUUGUCAUACCCCAGCAAUCUUCCAUAGCGCUUGAUCCGCUGGAUAAUGGAGCCUCUUGCAGUCCAAUGAGUAGCUCAGAGGAGCAACAUAGGAAUGAGGUCAAUCACCACAAACGGGUUGCUGGUCAGGUCCCAACAGAAAUUGUUUUUCAACAGAGGCAUCCAAGUGUUGCCCCAGCAUGUGAGGAAGUAAUUGCCUCAGCUCAUGAAAUGAUCUGUCAGUCCCAGAGCAACAUGAUUGACAGCACAAGUCAGUCAGAGGGAUCAAACUCUGCCCAAAAAUACAAGGAUGCCUUUAAAUGUGUUGAAGAAAGGCUAACUACUGAACCAGCACUGAACCAGCCUGCUACCCACAGCAAUGAGAGUUUUCAUCCGCCUGAGCAUGGGCUUCCAUAUGCAAGUGGAAGGGAUGGACAAAUGCUCCCUCAAUACCACCAAGAGGACUUCUUGAGAAAUAACACUGUCAACAGCAACGGGGUAUUCCGCGUGGGUUGGGAUUUCUCUCAGUCGGAGCAGCCCAGCAGUACAUACCAGCAACCAGAUAGCAGUUAUGGGCCCCAGUUACUCAACCCCCAACAGACGGGAAUUCCUCCUUUAGGACUGGGAUACAGGCAGAGUAAUGCUUCCUGGACCCCUCUCCCUCCUAUCAUGCAGUCCAGCAGACCGCCCUACCUCCACAUGCCUCAACAAUAUCAGGACCCCCUGGGUCAAGUCCACCCUGAUUCUCUGACCAACGACCACGAGGAUGACGGUGACCGCAAAGCACCAUCUCAAAGUCAAACCUGCAAUGGGCCGAACACCUCAACCUUCGUUCAGGCUAAUGAGAUAAGCAGCAACAGCAGAGGCUCUGCCGUCUCAGAUCACCGCAGAGACUCGGAGGCACUCAGACCCCACAGAGGCAGAGGCCCGCCCAAAAAAAGGCGCCAAGAGAUAGAAUCAGACUCGGACAACGAGGCGGAACCUGGGCCCAUGAGCAAACGGGAGCGCCAUAGAGAUGGGGAAGUCACCAAAGAUGCUCCGGCAAAGGCUGAGUUGUCCCGCCCUUUACUUGACCUAAAAGACUUUCGAGAUUCUAAUAAAUGGAAGGAUUAUUCCAAAUCUAAAAAGAUGCCGCCUUACUUUGACCUGAUCGACGACAAUCUGUAUCUUACAGAAAGAAAGAAGAGCAAGUCUCAUCGUGACAUUAAGCGCAUGCAGUGCGAGUGCUCAGUCCUGUCCAGGGAGGAGCGCUCCCGAGGAGUGUUGGCUUGUGGCGAGGACUGCCUGAACAGACUGUUGAUGAUUGAGUGCUCAUCACGAUGUCUCAAUGGACACUACUGCUCUAAUCAACGCUUUCAGAUGAAGCAGCAUGCUGACUUUGAGGUUAUUCUCACAGAAGACAAGGGCUGGGGGCUUAGAGCAGCUAAAGAUUUAUCUGAAAACACUUUUGUCCUUGAGUACUGUGGUGAGGUUUUGGACCACAAGGAGUUCAAGAACAGGGUGAAGGAAUAUGCCCGCAACAAGAACAUCCACUACUACUUCAUGGCAUUAAAAAACAACGAGAUCAUUGAUGCAACGCUGAAAGGGAACUGCUCCCGCUUCAUGAACCACAGCUGUGAGCCUAACUGUGAGACCCAGAAGUGGACUGUAAACGGUCAACUCAGAGUGGGCUUCUUCACCACCAGAGCAGUGACCGCAGGAACAGAGCUCACCUUCGACUACCAGUUCCAGAGAUAUGGCAAAGAGGCCCAGAAGUGUUUCUGUGGCGCUCCCAGCUGCAGAGGCUUCCUGGGUGGGGAGAACCGGGUCAGUGUGCGAGCCGCCGCGGGGAAGAUGAAGAAGGAGCGCCCUCGAAAGAAGGACACCGUGAGCGCCCUCACCACGUUGGAUGAGGAGCUAGAGGCCCUGUUAGAGAACGGAGAGGGUCUGUCUGAUGAGAAGGAGGUGGUGUCUCUUUGUAGGCUGAUGGUCCGGGUGGAGACAACAGAGCAGAAACUCCUCUGUCUCAAGCUGAUUAGAGAUACUCAAAACCCAUCGUGCUUGAAGCAGUUUCUAGACCAUCACGGUUUGUCUCUGUUAUGGAUAUUCAUGGCAGAGCUGACUGAAGCCAAGGGCAACAGCUCAAACAUGAUCAAGCUUCAGUUUGAGAUAAUAAAGACCCUGUCCGUGCUGCCCAUUUCCACUAAAAACAUGUUGGAGGAGAGCAAAGUUCUGAGCUCCAUCCAGCGUUGGGCCCAGACCAACGCCCUCCCCCAGCCUGCGGAGAUGGACGGCUACUCCAGUGAGAACAACUCCCGAGCCCAGACCCCACUCAACACUCCCGACGGCUCCACCUCCAAACUAGGACCAGAGUUGGAGAGUGACACCCCAAAGCGGGCCGUGUACCGCAGACUCAAAAUCAUCAGUGAAAACAGCCUGGACAGCGCACUCUCUGACGCCAGUAAGGCAUCUGAUGGCAAGGAGGAUGAGGAAGAGGAGGAGGAGGAGGAUGAUGAUGAUGAAGAGGAAUUGGCGCAUGCUCCAUUGCCAGAGAGUAUGGAGAAGAAGGCAGAGCCUUUAAGUGAAGCUGGAUCUCCCAUCAAGGAAACAAUAGAAGAGCCAGUCUCCCUGAAUGGAGAGACUCAGAACGAGUCUGCCUCAAAUGAAAGUACACCACUUAAGCUGCAACAUGAAGAUGUCACAAAACAGGAAGAACAGGCGAAAACUGAAGAGAUGGAGAUAGAGGUUGAGACUAAGGAGGUUGCUGUGCAAGGGGAAGCAAUUGAUGGCUCUGCUGCAGUUGAGUCUCCAGAAAUAGCUGUUGACAAAGAUGUCAAAGGAUUGGAGGAACAGAUUGUUCACACGGAGGAGGAGAACGCAAAGAUGGAGGAAGAGCUAGAACUCCAAACAACCCAGUAUCACCAAGCAGACGUGACUGAAGCUCCAUUCUUAACUCAACAUGUCGCAGGCCAGGUAGAAAACACAGAGGCUGAGAACAUUGCAAGCAUUGAGGAGUGCCUAGAGGAUCCUAGUGCCUGUGCUACUGAUGUCCUUCCCAGCUCUGUGGCCCUAGAGGUAGGGGCUCCAUCCCAAGAGGUCAGUUUGGAGGUUCCAGAAGCCAGUUUGGAGGCUCCUGAAGCCGGCUUGGAGGUUAAAGAAGCCGGCUUGGAGGCUCCAGAAGCCGGCUUGGAGGCUCCAGAAGCCGGCUUGGAGGCUCCCGAAGCCGGCUUGGAGGCUCCCGAAGCCGGCUUGGAGGCUCCCGAAGCCGGCUUGGAGGCUCCCGAAGCCGGCUUGGAGGCUCCCGAAGCCGGCUCUGUGGCCCCAGAGGCCAGGCUACCAGCCUCAGAGGCUGUCUCUGAGUCUCGGGAAGCUAGUCUUCAAGCCCUUGCUUGCUCUGUGGCCCCAGAGUCCGGCUCUGUUGCCCCAGAGGCCAGCACCACUAAAGAGAGCACAGGGGCCCCCUUGGAGCCUUCACUAGCGGGCACAGGGGCCCCCUUGGAGCCUUCACUAGUGGGCACAGGGGCCCCCUUGGAGCCUUCACUAGUGGGCACUCCGUCUCAGGAUGAAGAGGAUGGGCCUUCGGAUGUGGAAAGUGAGAGAAGCCAGGCACCACAGCUUAGCAGUCUGGACAUUAGUGGCAUGGCGGCCAGACUCCUGGACAGCUGGAAAGAUCUUAAGGAGGUCUACAGGAUACCAAAGAAAAGCCAGGUGGAAAAGGAAACAAAUGAUCGCAGUCGAGAGCGAGACCCAGCUCUGACCCCACGCACAGCCUCUGGCAGCCGGGAGCGGGAACGGGAAAAAGACAGGGACAGAGACAGAGAUCGGGACCAUGACCGGGACAGAGAGCGAGACCGGGAUCGGGAGCGGGAUCGGGAUCGGGACCGGGAUCGGGACCGGGAUCGGGAUCGGGAGCGAGGCUCUGAAAAGACUCCACGGAGCAUGGAGCGGCGGAGGAGACGCUCCAGCUCCCCUCUGUCCUCCCCUUAUGAGAGGAGCAGACGAACAGACGAACGGUUCGACCCUUCCUCCAACAGUAACAAGACUCCGCGGGCAGUUGGGAAGGAGCGCAACAAGCUGUCUACAGAGGAACGGCGAAAGCUAUUUGAGCAGGAGGUCGCUCAGCGAGAAGCCCAGAAACUUCAGCAGCAGCAGCUCCAGACUUUGGCCUUUGACCCAAACCUGCCCUACGUCUCUAGUCCUGGCUACAUCCACUACCCACCUGGGUACCCUUUACAGACCUAUGUAGACCCCACCAACCCCAAUGUGGGCAAAGUGUUGCUUCCCACCCCUCCGGUGGACGUGGUUGCCGGUACAUACGAAGAGACUCCGCCACAGCCUCUCAUCUCUGAGCUGGGCCAACCCCCUCCUCCCACCACCAACCAGGCACCUCCAGUCCCUCAGCACAUCACAAUCAACCCUGUAGAACUCAGUGCUGGCAACCCCCAGCAAUAUGCCCAACCCCCCAUGGUGACAGCCCAUGACCCAGGGGUGGCUGUCCUCUCUGUGCCUGCAGUGAGGGCAGCACCGGUGCCAGGCCAGCACCCAGGAAGCUACACCACCCUAUGGGACUCCUCCAUCCAGCAGGCGGUCACCGUGCAGACCCAGCCCACACAGCAGCAGUACGCCGUGGCUCCAAAUCAGGCUCAGACGCAGACGGCAAUCUACUAUCAGGGCCAGCCUUGCCAGACCAUCUACAGCAUCCCAAGCUAUCCCCAGGCCAACCCACCUGUCAUACAGGCAUACGCGGACCCUACUGCCGGCUACCUCCACGGCCCACCUGUGUACACGGGCCACCAGCAGGGGGUGGUGGUGCAGCAGGGAGGAACAGUCACCACCAUUGUCACGUCCCAGACAGUCCAGCCGGAGAUGAUUGUACCCAACAAUGUGAUAGACCUCCCUCCUCCUUCUCCACCCAAGCCCAAAACCAUCGUUCUACCUCCCAGCUGGAAAGUGGCGCGGGACCCUGAAGGAAAGAUCUACUACUACCAUAUCGCCACCAGGCAAACCCAGUGGGACCCCCCGACCUGGGACGGAAGCAGUGACAACACAAGCAUAGACCACGAGUCUGAAAUGGACCUGGGAACUCCUACCUACGAUGAGAACCCCUCUAAGUUCUCUACAAAGACUGCUGAGGCUGACACUUCCAGCGAGCUGGCCAAGAAGAGCAAAGAGACAUUCCGCAAAGAGAUAUCCCAGUUCAUUGUGCAGUGUCUGAAUCCGUACCGAAAGCCAGACUGUAAACUGGGACGCAUCAGCAACACGGAUGACUUCAAGCAUCUCGCUAGAAAGCUAACUCACGGCGUGAUGAACAAGGAGCUGAAGGCCUGCAAGAACCCGGAGGACCUGGAGUGCAACGAAGAAGUCAAACACAAGGCCAGGGAGUACAUCAAGAAGUACAUGCAUCGAUUUGGCUCAGUGUACAGGCCUAAAGAAGACACCGAGCUGGAGUAGUGUGUGUGUGCGUGUGUGUGUGUGUUUGUGUGUGCGUGUGUGAAGGAGGAUCGAGGCAACGGUCGCCGAAGCAGUUAUCAGGAACUGAAGUGGCGCCCAGAAAAAGCUCUUGGCCCAGCCUGGUGGCUCUGAUCAUGAGCCACAGCUGACCAGACUGAUGCCGCUCCAGGCCCAGCCUCCGCUAAAGGAUGAUGCAGUGGGUGCUACAGACUGUUCUCACGGUCAUGUUUGAUUUUAAACCCCGCCGCCCACCCCAUGUCUUGGCUCUUAACUUGUUCCCCCCCAAGUUGAUCACCUCAAUUCCACUUUUUUUAAAUACUCUUCUGGCCCGACCAGGAAGGUUUAGCUUAAGGACAACCAUGAUUUUAUUUUUUAAUUAGUAAAUCGCCCUUCAGUACUUUCCACUUUCCAUGGAUCAAUGUUGAAUAGAAAGGUUUGUGUGUUGUUUUUUUUUCUAUAUAGGAUUUUUUUUUUGUGUGCGCAUUUAGCCCUUUGCCAUUGACUCUGUUUCUGGUGCUGCUUUUAGCUGGGCUGUGGAACUCCGCUCUUCCGGACAUCCCCCCCCCUGCCUUCUGAAGGCGGUCCUCCUGACUCCUACAUCCCUCCUCCUACUCGGUAACCAUGUAGGAGCCAGAACCUGGUAACCAGUUCACCAGUGAACCGGUUCACACGUCAAAGCUGUCAAUCCCCAUAUGUGCUCAAAAGGUCCAGCAGGGAGGAAGAGGAGGGGGGUUCAGAUCAAUAUUUUUCAUAUGUACAUCGAUGAGUUUAUGUAAUAAAUCAGUUAAAGUGGGGUUAGGCGUAGGGCUGCAGCUAGGUUUUCAUUCAGACUACUCUUCAUCCUGUCCUGGUUUCCACCAGCUUAUUCUCGGCCCACUUUUGUCCUGGAACAGAAGUGAUGGAUGUAGCAUCAUAAUAUUAAUGUUUUUUUUAACUCACUAUUUUGACUCGCCUAUUCUGAUGCGCAUUACUGUGAGAUUCUCAAGGUUGCUAUUUGUUUUUUUUGUUUUUGUUUUUUAAGCAUGGGCUCAUUAAUCACUUACUUCGAUUUGCAUUAAACAAUGUUCCAACACAUGUAUAUUUCUUUAUAUGUGAAUAUAUAGAAAAGGUAGUUGACUUUGUGGUUGUUAUUUCAUCUGUAAAUAUCUGUAAUUACCAAACCACAGUAGUCAGGCCAGGGGGUGGGUCACUGUGAAGCCCUGCCCAGCCUCUCCAUUUGAACCCUCUUCUGCAGCAUCUCAUUACACCAUACUCACUUCACAGUCCUCUGUUUUAAAUCACUGGUAGGAGAGGUUGGGGGCCGGGGGGCAGGGGGGUAUUUAGCUUUGGUUGUUUUCUAUGUACAAAUGUUUCACCCUAAUCUUCUGUAAGUAUUGUGUAAGCACAUUCUCAUACUGAGUGUACAAACCUUUUAAAGAAUAAUAAAAACUUUUUUUGUAAACUAAA